AAAAAAUCACAUCUUUCUUACCUGUCUCAUUGCAUUCAUCUAUAAACUGGAAAAGAUAACCCCAUAUUUGGCGAUGUUCAUCAGAGGAAAGUGGACUCUUUGGCUUCAAGAGAUCCUUAAUAGCUGUAGCAUCUAAUCUCGUAGCACUGUGCACAAAAAGAGUCUCAAACAGUGUUGGAUUCUUCUCAAUAGCAUGUAGGACUUUGGAACUCUUUAGCCCAGAACGCAAUUGGUCCAGCAACACUUUUUUCCGGUUGAGUACAUAGUGUAAGAGAAGUGACUGCAGUAUCAGGUUUCUGUUGUCAUCCUAGCAAACCAUAACAAUACAAAUGGAAUGGCUUUACUAUCUAUCAUCGCAAAUUCCAUUUGUGGGUGGGCUACUCUCCAAACUUUUAAAACCAGAUUCUAAAUCAUUAACAAAUAAGGACAACAAGGGUGGCAUAUAUUCUACAACAAUAAAUUGUAUAACAAUAAAUAGGUCAUAACAUACCGAUAGUCUUUGCUUUAACCACUACAGUCACACAGGAAUAGAGAAGGGGGAAGGGCAUGUUGAGUUUGACAGGUAAUUAACUUUAAAUUUAUUCGGAAACACUGACUUUUGUCAACAUUUCCAAGUGUGGAUAUGAAAAGAGAUAACAUAUACAAAUAAUACAAUAAGGAAAAAAUAGGACGUACUAUUUUCUAUUUGCUAGUUUCACUUACUGACAGCAAUGUUGAGAUGCCACAUUCAUUACACAAGGAAAUGAAAUUUGAGUCUUGCCUUAACUCUUGGAGUUCAGGUGAGGUUGCACCAGACAACUAUAGGAUAUAAGAAUUUAUACUGUAGAUUAACAUGUUUCCCUGUAUUUCCUACUAUUGACAUUACGUUAAAAACUAAAGACCUGUGUGUAAGAACCUAGCGGUUUAAGAACCUGCUGGAAGAAAUUUCCAAUUUUGAUGCCCCAAAAUAUAAGAACCUGUUUAGCCAAGCAAGAUCAAGCAAGUUCUCACAUGUGAGUUACAGUAAAAUUAUGAUGAAUACUGUAACAAGGAGUUUGACUUAACUGUAUACUUAUAAAUGGAACCCAAGUUAAUUUAUUUUUCUGUGGGUAAUGGAAGCAGUAUUCAGUUCCGUCAUAAAAAUUUAAAAUUUAACCAAGAACCUAUUCAGCCUACAUUGCCUACAAUUAAUUAAGGAUCUUACACGCAGGUUUUUGGAGUAGUACCUUCUCUAUGAACUCUCUUGCCUCUUCAUCCCUAACAUCAUCAACUGUAACAUAGCACAGAGCUUUAUGGACAUCACCUGUCGCAAUAUACCAGUACACUGGAGGGGCAAAGCAAGGAAAUCCAAUGAAAGACUGGAGUAUACCAUGCCCUAUCAAGCGUCCAAGGACCUCCAUUAGUCCUGAGUGAACUGAUGUGCUGUUAUAGGCAGGGAGUUUCCUAUGAUCUGAUCCUUCCAAUAAUUUGAAGGCUGGAAAUGUUGCUAUUGCUUUUGUGGCAUCAUUGAAAAACUCACGACGGAUUCCACCUGUGUCAACAGCUGGCUGGCUCUUAUACUGCACUCUAACACGCUUAGAAGCAUCAAAGGCAGUAGAAUUUUUGUAGAAUGCAAUAGUAUCAGCUAUAAGGUCAUCCGGGUCAAUGGUGAUCUUAAUUUCAGGACCUGUAAUAACCUUGUCAGCAAGACUUUGUAGUACUUCUGCAAGAGAAACUGCUAAAAAAGACAAAUAAUGUUUCAGCUUUCUUCCAUCCUGUGUAUCAUCACUUAGCUUUAUGGUGAUACUGUGGGGCAUGUAUGCGGUCAUACCCUGGAAACUCCUAUAUCAAACCCAGUCAAAGUGUGUAACCACCCUCAUUUCUCAAAAUGAAAAAUAACAUUUCAACUGAUUUAAGUGUUCAUGCGUAGUUCUUACAAUCUCACUCACAGAGCCCACAUGUCUUUUGGUCAGCACCAACGCAUGCGCUGUGAAAAAGUCCUAAAACCUUGGACUAGAAAUCGAUUAUUCCAGAGCUCUUUGUCUUCGUGCUGAUCAAAAGACACGUGGGCUCUUGGAACGAGAUUGUAUUUCUUAAAAAUCAAACCGUAAAAAUCAAACUGUAACACAGUAAUAGGCAUAUCAUUUUUCCAAAGGUCAUCUACCUUCUUUUUGCAAAACCCACACUUCUUUAAAUAAAGUAAACAUUUUUAACCUUGCUCCUUUUCACUCUUCAAAACUUCAUCAAUUGCAUCUGGAAGGUCUAAAGAACCACUGAAUAUUUCUUUUAGAUAGUCCUCAUCGUGUUGUGGAAACAUCUGACAAAGACAUCUUAUGCCAUUCUGAAAACAUUGGUAAAAAGAAAAUAAGGCAAUAUUCUCAUUACAAGGGUUAUUUCAUAUGUGACUGGUAAAAUUUGCCUCGGUUAUGUCCUAGUGAUGUUGCCCUAUUUCCAAAUUUAUCUGACACAGUUGAUCUGGCAGUUUGAUGAAAACAUACAAAAUAUCUCAUUUUGGCCGCAUUGCAGUGUGAUAACGUUUUGUUUGUUUGUGUUUUUUGGUAGCAUGUAAUAGAAUGUCUGGCUAAGAAUUUUAGAGUAAGACAAUACUAACAGCUCAAAAUAACUUUUGACAUCACACAAAUACAUGUAAAUACCUCGUCAUCUGUCUCAGAUUGACAGGCAGGUUCUUUCACAGACGACACGCCCCUAUUAUCUGCAAGAAUAGUACUAGGCCUUUCCACAGGGAUGGCUUCAAAUGUGUCUGAAAUGUUUUCCAGUUCCUGUUCUAGCUGUUUGUUAAGACGGACAUACAAUUUGCCUUGACCACAUAAGUUUUUAACGUGCUUAAAAUCCCAGUUGUAGCCAUCAGCUACAACAGGAGUAGAGACUCAUUUGCCGAGGACUUUAACAAAUUCAAAAUCAUCCGGUGCAAUGUCAGGUAUUUGUGUCUUCAACGCUCCGACGAUUUUAUUUCGCACGAGACGUUCGUCAUCUGUGGUGACGAAAUCCACUUCAGCAUAGCACAUUAUCGUAUCAUUCUUUAA